GGGCAACUGUGUCCACUGGAAUAGCUGACUGCUACUACAAUGUCACUGACCUGCCUCCAGAGGGCAAUAUUAGGUUUAGAGUCUCCUGUGUCAACAAGGCAGGACAAGGUCCUCACAGCAAUUGCUCUCCUCCAGUCAGCCUGGAAUCAACAGGAGGAGGGGCUUCACCUGCAGUCGCCAUUGUAAAAACAGUCCCAGCUCCUCCAGAACUAGUGCUAACAAACUCUCAGCUCAACCCCCCCCCUGAAGUCAGAAUCACCUCCACUUCAACUUCCUCCGCUCCUCCCUCUUCUCUGACCUCUAACCUUCCAACAAGUCCUCCAUUACUGUCUGCAAGCACCACUCCUGAGGAAAAAGAAUGCAGCACUCUGCCAUCCUCUGCAACAGUCAAAGCCUCGCCAUCUUUUGUUUCACUGAAGCCCCAGAGUCCAAUAAAUGUGGUGACCCCUAUGACCCAGACCCCAAUCAUAUCCCCACCUCCUCUUGUAACCCCACCUUCCACCCCUACGAAAUCUUUAAUUGCAUCAGUGCCCACCUACAUCCCCACGACUGCUGCCACCGCACACGUGGUUCCCACUCCAGUGUCUUUUUCCCCUCAAGUGCUUCAGACCUCCAGCCUGAGCCCCAUCACCGAUGGGGCCAGCACCCCAACCAGAGGCACUCCAUCUGGACGCAUCACGCCGUCUACUGCCCUGCGACAAGGAGUUCCACAGAAACCAUACACCUUCCUAGAUGAGAAGGCCAGAGGUCGGUUUGGGGUGAUCCGUGAGUGCAGGGAGAACGCAACAGGGAAAAGCUACAUGGCCAAAAUCAUUCCGUACACCCAGGAGAACAAGCAGGUAGUGCUUAAGGAGUACGAGAUCCUGAAGUCGCUUCAUAAUGAGAAGGUUAUGGCUCUCCAUGAGGCCUACGUCACACCUCGCUACCUUGUGCUGGUGGCUGAGUACUGCACUGGCAAAGAGCUGCUGUACAGCCUCACUGACAGGUUUCGGUACUCCGAGGAUGAUGUGGUUGGCUACCUGGUUCAGAUUCUCCAGGCUGUGGAGUACCUCCAUAAUUGCAGAGUCCUCCACUUAGACCUCAAGCCCGAAAACAUCUUAGUGACCAACCUAAAUGUCAUUAAGUUAGUAGACUUUGGCAGUGCUCAGAGUUUUAACCCUCUUAACCUGGAACCCCGGGGCACAGAAACAGGAACACUGGAGUACAUGGCUCCUGAGAUGGUAAAGGGUGAAGUUGUUGGUCCUCCUGCUGAUAUUUGGACCGUUGGAGUUGUCACCUACAUCAUGCUUAGCGGCCGACAGCCUUUUGAAGAUAAGGAUCCUCGACGAGUUGAAUCUAAAAUUCUGGCAGCCGAGUUUGACCCAACCAAACUCUACCCAAAUGUCUCCCAAAGUGCCUCCAUUUUUCUCAAGAAGAUGUUGAGCAGUUAUCCAUGGGCUCGUCCAAAUACACGAGACUGCUUUACACAGGGCUGGCUGCAGGACUCUUACCUGAUGAAGCUUAGGAGGCAGACGCUCACCUUCACAUCCAGCCGACUGAAGGAGUUCCUGGUGGAGCAGCAGAGUCGUCGCAUGGAGAGUGCCACUAAGCACAAGGUGCUGCUGCGCACAUACCAGGGCUCACCACGCAGCCCUCUGUCUGGCACCUCACCACAUUUAUCCAGCCCACAGUGAAUGGCCAGGCUGGAUUUUGUAGAGUCGGAUCUGCCCCUAAAAGAACUACUGAUCCAUAGAAACUUGAGGAAAAGUACAGGUGGACUCACACAGGAGUCCACGUGUUCUUUUGGAACUAUUCAAGAAUCAGCAGGUGCUGCAUCUUGCAAUGCUGACCGUCAGAAUUGAUUCAUUCACAAACUACUCAUGUAUUAAACUACUCAAGUAUUAAAAUUAUAUCAAGA